AUAUUUCUACCUUGGCUCUAGAUUGUUCCUUAUUGGGCUUAUUGGGUAUGUGUUCAUAUAUUUUCUUUCGCCAAUUUGAAGAUGGAAAUGUGAAAAUUAAGAUUUUUCUCGGGCAGGUUUUUAGCUCAAAUAUGUGCAUACAAAGGUAUAGCUUAUAGCUCCCCAACUCUAGCUUCUGCAAUGAGCAAUCUGGGACCAGCUUUUACCUUCAUACUUGCUAUGCUUUUCAGAUUGGAAAAAGUAGCCUUAAGAAGCUCAAGCAGUCAAGCUAAAAUCAUGGGGACCAUAACAUCAGUAUCAGGAGCAUUACUAGUUGUUCUUUACAAAGGCCCCAAAGUUUUACUUCAGAGCCCCCUGGAAAGUUCAGAGGCAAAUUGGAUCAUUGGUGGGAUCUUACUCUUUUUUGCUUAUCUUCUGUUUGCAAUCCAGAUGAUUGCUCAGACCCUAGUUAUGGAGAUUUACCCAGCUGAGUUGAUGGUUGCAUUGUUUUACAACUUAUGUGGGGCAAUGGUAUCUGCACCAGUUUCCUUAAUACUAGAAUUUGAUUUGAGUUCCUGGAUGCUAAGGCCUGGUGUUGCAGUUGUAGCAGUCCUAUACUCAGGUGCUAUCCAAUCCUUUAUGACACUUGUGAUGACAUGGGGCCUCCAUUUGAAAGGACCUGUCUACAUUGCAAUUUUCAGUCCACUAUCUAUUGCCAUUGCUGCUUUUAUGAGUGCCAUUUUCCUAGGUGAUUCUUUACAUCUUGGAAGCAUAAUAGGAGCAACUAUUAUAUCAAUGGGAUUUUAUGCUGUAAUAUGGGGACAAUCAAAAGAAGAUGAAAGGGUUUCAUCUAAUGGUAAGGCUCCUCUCUUGGAAGUGGAAGACUGCGAAGAAUAGCUAAAAUGAUUCAUGAAAUCAUCAAAAAGACUUGUUCAAUGUCAAUUGCAAUAUGAAAACACCAUUUGGUGUUUUAAGUUCCCUCAAAUUUUGGAUUAAACCAGGUCCAAUGGGUUAUUUUUAUGUGUUUUUUUUUAUUAGAUAAUAUCAUAGUGGGGGUGUGAAUUUGAACUUGUAUUGUAUAAAAAAUUAAAUAAACAAAGUUUGAGGUUUAUUUAA